AUGCCCGAAAGAAAGAUUCAGCUCGUCCGCCUGGCGCACGUCUUCUACAAGCACAAGAACAUUGAAGAAGCUCACAAGUUCUACGACGACUUUGGCUUCUACGAAAUCGAGCGCAGGGGUAACAAAACGUUCUAUCGCGGCUACGGCACCGAGCCGUUUGUGUUAUGUGCAGAGGAGGCAGCGGAGGACGAGUUCGGAGGUCCGGCGUUCGUUGUGGAGUCGUUGGAGGACCUCGAGUACGCGUCAAAGACAUUGCCAAGUGCGACAGAAAUCUACGACCUCAAGGAUGUACCAGGCGGCGGCAAAUGUGUGACGUUCAAAGACCCCGUCGAUGGCUGGCCGCUGCAUCUCUUGUACAAUCAGACGCCGGUUGAGAAGAGGGACCCAGGGUUUCCUAACCUCAAGUUCAACUUUCCGGAAGAGAAGCAUCGCGACGUGAACAAGAAGCAGCGCUUGACCAAGCGCCCGGCGCCGGUUCACAAGUUGGGCCACUUUGGCGUGUGUCUCACGAACUUUGACAAGGCGUACGAGUUCUAUACCAGCAACUUCAACCUGUACCCCAGCGAGCUCGUCCACGCUCCCGACAACAAAGACAAGGGCGUGACCGUCUUUUUCCGCCUGGCACGUGGCAAAGAAUUCGUCGACCACCACUGCUUCUUUUUCCUUGAAGGCCCCAAGUUCCACGUCCAUCACUCCUCGUUCGAGACGCAUGACUUUGAUACUCAGGUGUUGGGCCAUGACUGGCUGAGAGAACAGGGCCACAAGCUUUGUUGGGGCGUAGGCCGUCAUAUUAUGGGAAGUCAGAUCUUUGACUAUUGGUUCGAUCCUUCGGGCUUCAUUAUGGAGCACUACGUUGACGGCGACCUGCUCGAUGACACGGAGGAGACGCACCGUCUGCCCGCGGCGCCGGGUAACCUGCACAUCUGGGGUCCCGAGGUUCCUUCGAGCUUCCUGCAGUGA